AUGUCUGACUUUAUUCAUAAAGUUCAGUCAAUAACAUCACAAGAUGAACCAAAAUCACGUAUACCGAAUGUUUAUCCUCACAUAUAUCAAGAUGAACAUGUAACUAAACAACAUGAAUUUCAUCCUGAAAAUUCAAAUCAUCAACAAAAUGGUUCGGUCUAUGUACCAGCUUACGAUGAACAAGAAGUUACAGUAAAAGAAUGGUUUCAACAUGUAUUUGCUCAUCCUUUACAAUUUAUUAAGAAUUAUUUAAUUUCUUUAUUUCCAAUUGCAAAAUGGAUUUUACAUUAUAAUUAUAAAUGGCUUUAUGGAGAUUUAGUAGCUGGUAUAACAGUUGGUGUUGUUUUAGUUCCUCAAUCUAUGUCUUAUGCACAAUUAGCAGGUUUAGAACCUCAAUAUGGUUUAUAUUCUUCUUUCGUUGGUGUUUUUAUAUAUUCAUUUUUUGCAACUUCAAAAGAUGUUUCAAUUGGUCCUGUAGCUGUUAUGUCAUUACAAGUUUCAAAAGUUAUAGCUCAUGUUCAAGGUAAAUAUGGAGAUCAAUAUUCCGGACCCGAAAUUGCUACUUUCUUAUCUUUGAUUUGUGGGGGUAUUGCUGCUGCUAUUGGUGUUUUAAGAUUAGGUUUUAUUUUAGAAUUUAUUUCUAUUCCUGCAGUUAUGGGGUUCAUGACUGGUUCUGCAUUCAAUAUUAUAUCUGGUCAAGUUCCAGGAUUAAUGGGAUAUAAUAAAUUAGUUAAUACUAGAGAUAGUACUUAUAUGGUUAUUAUUAAUACUUUAAAACAUUUACCAAAUUCAACUGUUGAUGCAGCUUUUGGUUUAGUUUGUUUAUUCAUAUUAUAUGUUUGGAAAUUUUCAACUGAUUAUUUCCAAAAAAGAUGGCCAAAAUAUAAAAUGUGGUUUUUUUAUAUACAACAAUUAAGAAAUGCUAUUGUUAUUAUUGUUGCAACAGCUAUUUCAUGGGGUAUUGUUCAUCCUAAAAAAAUUGCAUACCAUGGUAAACCAGGAGGAUUUAAACCACCAAUCUCAACUAUUGGAGAAGUUCCAAGAGGUUUAAGACACGUUGGUGUUAUGACAAUUCCAGAUGGUAUAAUUGGAGCUAUGGCUUCUGAAAUUCCAGUAUCAACUGUUAUUUUGUUAUUAGAACAUAUUGCUAUUUCAAAAUCUUUUGGUAGAGUUAAUGAUUAUAAAGUUGUACCAGAUCAAGAAGUUAUUGCUAUUGGUGUAAAUAAUUUAAUUGGUACUUUUUUCAAUGCUUAUCCUGCAACCGGUUCAUUUUCAAGAUCUGCUUUAAAAGCUAAAUGUGGUGUUAGAACUCCUUUAGCUGGUAUUUUCACUGGUGCUGUUGUGUUAUUAGCGUUAUAUGCAUUAACUUCAAGUUUUUAUUAUAUUCCAAAAGCUGUUUUAUCUGCUGUUAUUAUUCAUGCAGUUUCUGAUCUUAUUGCAAAUUACAAAGUUACUUGGUCAUUCUGGAGAAUUAGUCCUAUAGAUUGUGGUAUUUUCUUGAUUGCUGUUAUUUUGACUGUAUUUGUUACAAUUGAAGCUGGUAUUUAUUUCGCAAUUGCUGCAUCAGUUGUUGUUUUAUUAUUUAGAGUUGCAAUUCCAAAUGGUUUAUUCUUGGGUAAAGUACAAGUUGCCGAAGUUAUAAAUCCAAUAAUUGAAUCCUCUUCAGGUUAUGAAGAUUCAGAUGCAAGUUCAGAUUCAUCAAAUAUUGAAAUUCAUCAAGUUUUAUCAAGAGGAUCAAAUGAAGAUACUAAAGUAAAACAUAAAAUUGAAGAUAAACAAAUUGCAACCACUAACAAUGUUCCACAUUUUAAAUUUCAUACUCGUUGGGUUCCAUUAAAUCAUAAAAAUAUAAAUAAAGAAUUAAAUAUUACUCCACCACCACCAGGUGUUAUAGUUUUUAAACCAGUUGAAUCUUUUACAUAUCCAAAUGCAUCACGUCAAAUUGAUGUAGUAUCAGAUGAAGCUAAAAGAAUUACCAAAAGAGCUAAACCAUAUAGUUAUUCAGAUACCGGUUCAAGACCAUGGAAUGAUCCAGGUCCAUUAAAAUGGAAUAUACCGUUUUUGAAAAAAUAUAAUACACCAGAAAAUUUUGAAGAAGAUACUAGACCAAUUUUAAGAAUUGUACAUUUUGACUUUUCCACAGUUUCACAAGUUGAUGUAACAUCAGUACAAGCAUUAGUUGAUUUAAGAAAAGCUUUAAAUACUUAUGCUGAUAGAGAAGUUGAAUUCCAUUUUUCAGGAAUAUUAAGUCCAUGGAUAAGAAGAGCUUUGUUAAAUGCUGGUUUUGGUACUUAUGAAGAUGGUUUAACUUCAAGUAAUAAUUAUGUUGAUAUAGCCACUGGCUAUAAAGAUUUAGAAAAUCAUAUUAAUGAACCAUAUUAUGCUGCUGUUGGUACAAAUACUCCAUUUUUCCAUUUAGAUAUACCAAAUUAUCAAUAG